AUGAUGGCUCCUGAGUUAGAUAAGCAAUACUCAAACAUCCAGCUGGGAGAAGAAGUGGAGAUAUGUGACAUUAAGCUUGCGCUCAAGGCACUGCGAAAGAAGAUCCUUAGUUUGGAUUUUCAUAACUCCUUGCAUGUUCAUGAUCCACAAAACUCAUUUGAGUACUUAGAAGUGUUGUACAAAUUACGGCAGCUGUCUGAGAAGUUAGGUAAUUUGGACCCUGGUGGAGAAGUAAAAGAGCACAAGGAACUCACCGUAUAUGCUGAUGACCUUUUUGAAAUGGCGAUGGCAAGGCUCGAAGAGGAAUUUGUUUACCUUCUUACGUACUACAAACAGCCGUUAGAACAGGAGCUUCUCUCCUUCCGUUCUACAGAGGAUGGCAGCACGGAUGAAUUUUCAAGCAGCUCAUUCAGUGAGGAACAAAGUGAAGGCAAGUCAACACAAACCGGUAGCAGCGGAGGAUCUGAAUAUUUUGUGGCUGAUUUGAUCCAACCUGGUGCACUCUCUGCUGUCAAGUCCAUUGCCAACUUCAUGUUCCUGAGUGACUACAAUAACGAGUGUUGCCAGGCUUAUAUCAAUGCACGGCAGGGUGCAAUAGAUGAGUUCAUUGGGUCUCUUCACAUCGACAAGCACAGCAUAGAAGAACUUAUGAGCACUAAAUGGAACAAACUGAGCGCAUCGAUAAAGCGGUGGAAUCGGGCAAUGAAGGCUUUUGUCCGAGUCUACCUUGCGAGCGAGAGGCGCCUUAGCAGUCUUGUCUUUGGUGACCUUUCAGAAACAGCUGUAGACCUGUGCUUCUAUGAGAUUUCAUUUAGCUCGGUCAUGCAGCUUCUGACCUUUUAUGAGUCUGUAGCAAUUGGACCUCCUAAACCGGAAAAGCUUUUCCGGAUUCUUGAUAUGUAUGAGGUCCUGGAUGAUUUGCUCCCCGAAGCAGAGUUCUUGUUCCAAGCAGGGGGCAAUGAUAUGGUUUUAGCUGAGUAUCAUGAAGUCCUACUCCAGCUGGGAGAAUCAGCGAGGAAAACAUUUGCGGAAUUCAAGUAUGCCAUCCAAUCCUACACGUCAUCCAGUGCAGUGCCUACUGGUGCAGUGCAUCCCCUCACCAAGUAUGUCAUGAACUAUAUAAAGGCUGUCACUGUUUACAGCAAAACUCUUGAUUCACUGCUGAAGGAUGCGGAUCAACAGCCUAUACCAAACUCAUGCACUCAUUUCACGGCUACAGCAUUGCAUCUGCAGUCUGUUGCUGCAGUUUUAGAAGCAAAUCUUGAAGCCGGGUCUAGAUUGUACAGAGAUUGUCGAUUGCGGAACAUCUUUAUGAUGAACAAUAUCUGCUACAUGGUCCAGAAAGUGAAGAACUCGGAUCUCAAGAGCUUUCUUGGCGACGACUGGAUCCGGCUGCACAACCGGAUGUUUCAGCAUCAGGCGACCAACUACGAGAGGGCGUCGUGGAGUCAGGUGCUGUCUUACCUGAGUGAUGAUGGCUUAUGUGCCGCCGGAGGUGCCGCUUCUCGUAAAAUCAUCAGGGAGAAGUUCAAAAACUUCAACCUGUCCUUUGAAGAUGUUUAUCGAGUUCAGACUGCAUGGUCUGUCCCGGAUGACCAACUCCGCGAAGAUGUCAGGAUUUCCAUAUCACUGAAAGUUAUACAGGCUUACAGGACAUUUGUGGGAAGAUACUCUGCCUUCCUUGAUGGCACCAAGCAGAGAGAUCGCUACAUAAAGUACAGGCCUGAGGAUCUGGAGGAACUUUUGCUGGAUCUGUUUGAAGGAACUCAAAAGUCAUUGCAGCAUUCUGGCCGAGCUUGA